CCCCGCCUCCGUGGCCGCCCGCCUCCCGUCGAGCAAGCGCCACGCGCCCACCGCGCCUGCCGUCCGCCGGCUGUCCGCAGCCACUCUUUCCCUAAACCCUACCAAACAGACGAAACCCCCGCCCACCCGCCUCCCUCACCCGCGGAUUCGCCAUGGCGAUGCCCGCCACCACAUCCGCCUCCUCCCCAUGCCAGGCUCCGUCGCCCGCCGGCCUGGGCCUCCCGCUCCUCACCUCCCCUGGCGCCCGCGCCAGAACCCUCGCCUUCGGCCGCCGCCGCCUCCGCCUCCGUGGCGCCGCCGCGGCUGCGCCCACAGGUAAUCUAUUUCUUGGUCUUUCCAAGCCACGAUGCUCAUCAAUCACAGCCAUUGGUGAUGUGGCAGCAGUUUCUGAUGAUUAUAUCGAAAGCUCACCAUCAAGCAGUGGAUAUCCAAAUAGUUCUAUGGGUUCUUCAUCUCAUGAAGAUAAUCAAUCACAAAGGGUUGUUAAGAUGAACCAAAAAUCUAGAGACAAUAACAAAAUGAUUAAAAUAUGUGAUAAGUUAAUUGGCGUAUUUAUGGUUGAUAAACCCACACCAACGGAUUGGAGAAAGUUACUGGCAUUUAGCAGGGAAUGGGACAACAUAAGACCACAUUUCUUUAAACGCUGCCAGGAAAGAGCAGAUGCAGAGUCAAACCCUGAGAUGAAGCACAAGCUUCUAAGACUUGGUAGAAAAUUGAAAGAGGUUGAUGAAGAUGUACAGAGGCAUAAUGAACUUCUUGAAGUAGUAAAAUCCACACCAUCUGAUAAAAUUAGUGCUAUUGUUGCUAAGCAGCGGAAAGAUUUCACAGUGGAAUUUUUCAACCACCUUUACUAUGUUGCGGAGUCUUAUCAUGAUGAACCUGAAAAGCAAACUGAGUUGGCAAAGCUUGGAAAUGAUUGUGUAGAUGCUCUACAAGCUCAUGAUGAUACCACUGGGAGUCUUGAGGCUCUGAAUGCUGCAGAAUUGAAGUUAAAGGAUAUACUUAAUUCACCUUCAGUGGAUGCUGCUUGCAGAAAGAUUGAUGACUUGGCUGAGAAGAAGGAACUGGACUCUGCAUUAGUGUUGAUGCUUUCAAAAGCUUGGUCAGCUGCAAAGGGCACUGACAUCACCAAAUCUGAGGCAAAGGAUAUAAUGUUUCAUUUAUACAUGACUGCUGUGGCUAAUCUCCAGAGACAAAUGCCAAAGGAUAUCAGAAUACUGAAGCAUCUUAUAAUGAUUGAGGAUCCAGAAGAGCGGUUGAGUGCACUGAAUGAUGCUUUUACUCCUGGUCCUGAACUUCUAGGGGACAAUGUCGAUACAUUAUACACGAGUCCAGAGGCUUUGCACACUUGGGCAAGAGCUAUAGUAGAUGCAUAUUAUAACAGCAGAGAAGGCACUCUCCUUGGGCAAGCAAGAGACUUGAUGAACCCUAAAAUCAUCAAGAGAGUUGAAGAGAUAGUGAAGAUAAUCAAGGACAAAUACCUUUAAGUUUUGAUCAUCAGAAAUUUGGGUUUGGAGGUUUCUAUUGAUUGCCUAAGUCUUGCGCAGUGACCACAGGAUGAUGGCCUUGUACGGAUUGCUCCCUGGCCCUGUAAAACUACCGGUAUCAUUUCAGUGGAACUCUUCGCCACUGCCGACACCUCAUAGAUGAAAGGAAAUUCAGAUUGUUGUAACUCAUUACAUGAAAAGGUGAUUGUAGCAUGUGAUGCAUCAAUGUAGCUUUCACUUAGAUAUUAGUGGAGUAUCUACGUGUCGUAUACACUAACAGUGUUGUAACUUGUCUGAUUAGUAGUAUAAAGUCAGAAGUCUUAUGUACGUGCCCAAAUAUCCUUGUAAUGAGGUGGUCGAUGAUCUCAAUAAUUGUACGGAUGUUGCUGACAAGCACCAUUUAAAACUUCUUAGUGAUGUUGCCUGGUUGAUGCUGAUGUUUACAGCUUUGCUACCCUUAUGGUAUAGUCAGCGAGAUUAUGAAGUGGGUGUGUCUAA